AUGGAGCUACUCAAUUUGAAAAACGAAGAAAACAUGUCAAUGCACACGAUGAGGUACUCCGACCUGCAGUUCGAAACGAACACAGACAUCUCCUCCAUUGAAGAGUCUCCCUUCUUCUCCGUUGGAGAUUUCCCAAACGAAUUGCACAGCAGCUUUGAUGAUAUUUCAGACUACAUCCUGGUAGACGAAUCAGACUUGAGAAGGGAGAGGUCGGACAUCACGAGUUGCGACAGUAACAUGAUCAUGUCCACAAAGGGAGGAGGCGUUAUGCCGAUUAAGAGAAAUGGAAAUGUAAAAAUAAAGAAAGAAAUGAAAAGCGCUAGUUAUUCGGAGGAAAGUAAAACAGGAAGUGAUAAUACGAACAAUGAUGAGAAUAGGAAGCCUGGACUUUGCAGGACCCUUGGGACAGAGGGUAGGAAGAGGAUGCUCAAAUUAUUGAGGAAGGCCUACAAGUAUAAUGAAGAAUGUAAAGUUAUAAUGAAAAAUAAAAAUCCCCCAUUGUCUAUUAGUUACUUGCCGUACUUCAACCUAUCCAUGCUGUGGCAGCUGGCAGAAGAUUUCGGAGUCUAUAAUGAAGCUUUAAAAAUUCACAAGGAGUGCAUUAAGAAGAGGAAUGCCAAUGUACGCUUUAAGCAGAGCAGCAAGAACGCAGCAAAUUAUAAUUUAUCUGACAUGAACAAAACAGCCAAGUCCUCCAAGACGGAGUACAUGUCGGACUAUAUGUGCGCCAACAUGGAUACCCAGACGGGGGAAGAUUUUGACACCACCAAUACAACACUAAAUGAUGAAGGGCAAGGCAAGAGGAAGAGGAAGAAGAGCAGCAUCUGA